GUUUGCAUAAAGCUGGGGUCCUAGGGGUGGAGCCCAAACCAGCCCAGAGGGCGUCAUUUGCAUAGAGCCCCGCCCACCCUCCGGCGGUAAAUUAGACCCCCCUUCCUCCCGCCGCACGCUUCCUCGCCGUCCUUCCGCCCCGUUUCCUGACCUCGUCCGCCCAGUUCGGCCUGCCUCCUGAGUCGGUGCCCAGAUGCUUCCCAAGCGACGGCGAGUGCGUGCCGGGUCCCCACACAGCGCCGCUGCCUCCUCCGCGCCGCCGCCGGCGCGCUUCCCGAGUGUGGCCAUCUACCUGGCCGAGCCGCGCAUGGGCCGCAGCCGCCGGGCCUUCCUCACGCGCCUGGCGCGCUCCAAAGGCUUCCGCGUCCUGGAUGCCUACAGCUCAGAGGUGACGCAUGUGGUGAUGGAGCAGACCUCAGCCCAGGAGGCCAUCUGCUGGCGGAAGAACAUGGAUGCUCUUCUCUCAAGCUGUCCCCAGCCAGCUCUGCUGGACAUCAGCUGGUUUACAGAGAGCAUGGCAGCUGGGCAGCCUGUUCCUGAGGAGGGCCGGCACCGCCUGGAGGUAGCUGAACCCAGGAAGGAGCCCCUAAGCUCAGUGACGAUGCCUCCGUAUGCCUGUCAGCGCCCCACACCUCUCACACACCACAACACCACCCUUUCAGAGGCUCUGGAGACACUGGCAGAGGCAGCAGGUUUUGAAGGCAACGAGGGCCGACUUCUCGCCUUCUCCAGAGCAGCCUCGCUGCUCAAGUCCCUUUCCUGCCCUGUCACAUCCCUGAGCCAGCUGCAGGGGCUGCCUCACUUUGGAGAGCAUUCCUCUAGAGUAGUCCAGGAAUUGCUGGAACGUGGAACGUGUGAGGAGGUGGAGCAAGUCCGAUGCUCAGAAAGGUACCAGACCAUGAAGCUCUUCACCCAGGUCUUCGGGGUUGGGGUGAAGACUGCCGACCGGUGGUACCAGGAAGGACUGCGAACCCUGGAUGAGCUCAGAGAGCAGCCCCAGAGACUGACUCAGCAGCAGAAAGCAGGGCUCCAGUAUUACCAGGACCUGAGCACUCCAGUUGGGCGAGCUGAGGCCGAGGCUCUGCAACGGUUGGUAGAGGCAGCCGUGAGACAGACCCUGCCUGAAGCCACUGUCACACUGACCGGCGGUUUCCGGAGGGGGAAGUUACAAGGUCAUGAUGUGGACUUCCUUAUCACACACCCUGAGGAGGGCCAAGAAGUGGGGCUGCUGCCGAGGGUGGUGAGCUACCUACAGGGCCAGGGGCUUGUCCUGUAUCACCAGUACCACCGCAGCCACUUAGGAGACUCUGCCCACCUUCUGUCAAAGAACUAUACCAUGGAUGCUUUUGAGAGGAGUUUCUGCAUCUUGUGCUUGCCGCAACCUCCACAGGCAGCUCUAGAGGAGGCCCUGCGUCCCAGCCCAACGCAGAAAGCUGUGAGGGUAGACCUUGUGGUCACCCCCAGCAGCCAGUUCCCCUUUGCUCUUCUUGGCUGGACUGGCUCCCAGCUUUUUGAGCGGGAGCUACGGCGCUUCAGCUGGCGAGAGAAGGGGCUGCGGCUGAAUAGCCAUGGGCUGUUUGAUCCUGGGCGGAAGACAUUUUUCCAUGCGACUUCUGAGGAAGACAUUUUCAGAUUUCUGGGCCUCAAGUACAUUCCUCCAGAGCAGAGAAAUGCCUGAUCCUGCCUACUGGCUGCUACACACACCCAUCUGCAAAAAAAAGAGGGGCUGCUUCAUGCUUGACAGGGAUGUUUCUGGACAGAAUGCGUACUGCCACCCCAUGGCCUCACUGGUGCCUAUGGAGUUUUCACCUGCGGGCCCAUUGGCAAGGUGUGACCCUGAGUCAACUCAACUUUCAGCCUCCACACUCCUCAGAGCCAGAGAUUCUGAGCAGUCCGUACAUCAUGCAACUAUGACAGCGUCCUGGUCUGCCAUGAGCAUUAGACUGGCCCAGCUGUGGUUGCUGUGUCCGCUGCAGAGUACCCCAUUCAGUGUGCCAGAAAAGAGACCCAUGUCCCUGCCCUCGGCUUGAGCAAAUAUGGAAAGUAAUUCUGGCUGUGAGGUGUUGCACAGAAGCUGGAAGUCUGACUGAGUGCUGUGCCACGGUAUGUGGAGAAGGAGGUGGCCCAGGACAGAAACCUCCAGUGCUGGGGCUGUCCGUGGACACCCCACCCGCAGAGCUGGGUACCGGCCUGUGCCAGGCUUCGUAAGCAGCGCAGCUCCGGAAUCAGGGCUCCACAUGCCUCUCCCACUCUAAGCUGUUGACCCCCUCACAAUCCAGCCCGGGCAGAGCCUGCACUGCCUACCCACAGCCCCAGCAGUGCAUGCUGGGAGGGCUGGUUCCUAGGACAGAGACUGGCGCAGCCCAGCCUGGCAGAAAUACUGAAUCUCAGCAAGAUCAGUGGGCAGCAACCGAGUGGUCCCAAGCCUGUAGUCUCGUGCAGGCCUGUGGCUCUGGCAUUUCUGUCACUUCUUUCCAUCUCGGCUGUAUUCCCCCAGCUAUGCCUCCUCCACACUUUCCCAGCUCACUCCCGUGUUUGCAGACUCUGUGUGACCAACUCUUUCACCUCUGGGGCCAGAAGCCCUACGGUAGGUUCAUCACACAGUCCUCAUAUCCCAAAGCACCAAGGGCUUCGAAGGAGCUUCCCUUACUUCACUGUUUACCCACUGUUGCUGCCUUCUUCAGGACCUCACAGAUGAGGGCCUCCUACAUCAGUCACCACAUGAACAAGUAUUUUAAAGAUUAACAUUCAAUAAAAUGCAUUCUUUUGGAUUAUA